UUCCCCUUUCUCCUUCCUGUAAUUGGGUCAUAGUAUGGCCUGUUACGGUAUUUGCGGGUGUCAGAUUGUCAAUGCUGAUGCAAUUUUUUCGGAAUAUUGGUACUUAGCCUGGAUAACUCCAUGCUUAAGCGCUUAGAUGCUUUGCGUCAACGGGAUGUGUAGACAUGUAGUUAGGGCCUUAGGGGGAUCCUAAUGAUCAGGAUGUUGAUUAAAGUUUAGGCCUCAAAUGAGAUGUCCAGGGUUUUUACAGAAAGGUAAUCGUUCAGUUGGUAUAUAUGUCUUGGAAACUUAGGGAGAUGGCCAUGCUCCCAAGCGCUUCCUUGGUUAUAUUUGUGCGCACUGAACGGAUGAAAAGCUUUUCCAAACUCCAGGAGUUUCCAUGCAAACGAAGCAAUAAAAAUCCUUGACGUCUCGAGCCGGUUGCUCAAAUUAGUUGUUUAGGAACGAUUGCUUCAUCUUUGACUCUACAAAGGUUGGCAUGUCAUACCACCAGUACAUAUAUAUUUGAUCCACCUUUUACACGUUCGUUAAGGAGUUAUUAUGUGUGACGUGUCCUGCGCUCUUACUGGCUCUUGGCACGCUGUUCUUGAGAUAUUCGAGCAGGACGAUAGAGCAGGAAGCGAAGAACAAAUGGUAUAUUUACAGUACCUUGCCUUUUUAUUUCUUAUAUUUCUGCGUGAAAAUUUGUUCUGCAAAUCCCUGUCAGUUAUAAUUUUGUUUGAUUCAAUGAACUUACUAUCUUCCGCAGAAUCAUUACCAUGAUAUAAUGGGGAAGGUAGUAUUUGUGACAGUACAAUGGAGAUUGGUUCACUUUCUGAUUCAAAUGGGACUUUUAUUUGUCCCAACUAUAUUAUGCAAGAUCUGUAGAGUUUAUCACGGUAAUUUUCAGUGAAAAAAGUUCAACUGCCCCCUAACUUUUGGAUCUUAAUGCAUAGACAAGUGCCAUUUGUUUUAACCUUGGAAGGAUUUAGUUAUGUUGCUCUAGAUGCUUGGCCAUAGAAUUAGUUCUCUGUCAGUUAAGAAGCUAUUAGGCAGGUUACUUGAGCUGCCGAUUUGGAACCUCCAGGGACCUUACCUUACAUGUCCAGACUUGAAAGUGAACUAGAAAAGACACUUCGUGGGCGGAUCAAGCCCCUGCUGGGUGCCCCCUGUCUCCGCCCCUGCAAGUAGGGAUCUGAUGCAUCGACCCUCAGUGUUGGUCUUAAUACUCCGUGUUAGUAUGACGGGGUACACUUGUCCAUGCGACCCAUACAUGUAUUGAUCAUCAGGCGCCACAAGACAUGGGCUGUGGGUGCCAAAUGAUCGUAGUGACCAGUCUGCAUCAUGGCACUGCUGAAUCUGACAGACUGAGGUUAUCGCUUAAAUUUAUAAUUCAAGAGCAUAUUUGGAUAGGCAACAAAUCUCAAGGUUCUAUUUUUUCUCAUCUGCUAUAUGAAUUAGUCUCCAGGCCACGAGUUCUCCUACUGUUUAGGAAGACAAGAGAUGCGUGCUGCAUGCAUGCGUUACUGGCCUCCAAGUCGUCUGUCUCACCAGCAUUUCUUCUCCUGUUCAAAGCUUCCUCCCCACUUGCAGGGCCAAUGCACGAGCAGCAUAACACUCAGCACAAGCGCCUCAACCUCACAUAUUUGUACCUUGGCUCAUCAACUGCUGCACUCACAUUGUCCGAGAUGUCGAGCCGGAGAUCACGGUCGAGGCAGUCAGGCUCGUCAAGGAUCACUGACGAACAAAUCAGUGACCUCGUCUCCAAGUUGCAGGACCUCCUCCCCGAGGCUCGCCUCCGGAGCAAUGAUAGAGUGCCAUCUUCAAGGGUGCUGCAGGAGACCUGCAGCUACAUUAGGAGCUUGCACCGGGAGGUCGACGACCUGAGUGAGAGGCUGUCGGAGCUGCUGGCGACGUCGGACAUGAGCAGUGCGCAGGCGGCGAUCAUCCGCAGUUUGCUGAUGUAGAGCCGGGGUGCAGAGAUAGAGAUGGCCCUCGUCGCCACUGUUCUUGCUGGGCCAGGACACCCUUUUAUUAACGUUUAUAGCUUAAUUAUAGAGUUGUCGCUUAAAAUAGUACUGGAGUUGCAGGUUUCGUAAUUCGCUUUGUACUGCGUCUACGUGCAUACGUGCUGUUGUCGUGUCAUCAUCUCAAUCAGACCCAUCUUUUUUGUGUACUUAAUCAAUCCCAUCGUUAUUUGUGUGAAGCUCGUGUCUCUUUAAA